AUGGUCACCUCCAAUGCGCCUUUUCGACCAUCACCAUUAUCCUUUGGCUCUCCUCGAGCAUCUCCCUUCCGCCGUCCAUCCACAUCCAACUCACCUCCGCAAGCGCGACCCAGUACUCCUGGCAGCUCCCCCGGUCGCGGAUACACGCCGGUGACGUCUCCCAGCAAGCUCAAGGAAUCAUACACGGUCGCAGAUGAGGAUGAAGGCCCUUCCGCGCCUCAUCAAGAUCGCAGCCCGGUCGCUCAACCACGCUUGACACGCGAGGUGCCUCUGUCGCCCACGCGGGGGGGCAGCGCCCCGGACACCUCCCCGACGAUGAUGGCUACCAAGGCCACCCAUAUAAUGGCAGCAUCUUCGGAUGCUGCCGCUCAGCUCUCGCCGGCGCAGUUGCGAGAAAUCCGCGAGGCCUUCCAAGUUCUGGACCGGGACAAUGACGGCUUUGUCAACAAGGAUGAUGUGGCUGAUGUCCUGGUGAACGUGGGCCAAGACGCAUCUGCACUUUCGCAAUUCUUCCCCCCUGGAGAGGCGUCUACGAUCAAUUUCCCCACCUUCCUCAAUACGCUUUCACAACUGCUCGCCCCGUUAUCUGCCCAACAGGAACUCUUGAACGCCCUGGCGGCCUUUGACGAGGAUGACAGCGGGCAGAUCGACGUGGAGGAGCUGUGCGACGCUCUGAUGCAUACCGCCCCCGAGGACGGAGAUCGGCCGCUCACCGAGCGGGAAAUCCGAGACGUGCUGAAUGGGUUCACGGGCCGUCGGGCAUUCGGGGCCAAGGGCGCACGAAGCACCGGAGGGGGUAAACGUGGGGAGGUCUUCCGGUAUCAAGAAUUCGUCAGUGGGCUUGUGGGCGGAACAGAGACGAAUCAAACCACACGACGCGAUGCCUAA